AUGACAUUGAAUUGCAUUCUUGAAGUGGAACUUUUUGAUGUUUGGGGAAUCGACUUCAUGGGGCCAUUUCCACCAUCUUAUGAAAAUCUAUACAUCUUGUUGGCAGUGGAUUAUGUCUCUAAAUGGGUCGAAGCAGUAGCAAGUCCCACUAAUGAUUCAAAAGUGGUGAUGAAGUUCCUCCAAAAGCCAGUUUUCACUCGCUUUGGAACACCACAUGCAUUAAUAAGCGAUGAAGGUACUUAUUUUGUGAAUAAAAUUCUUGCUGCCUUGUUAGCUAAGUACAAUGUCAAACACAAGAUUGCUACUGCCUAUCAUCCUCAGACCAACGGGCAAGCUGUACUUUCUAACCGAGAGAUCAAGGGUGUACUUGAAAAAGUUGUUAAUCCUAGUUGCAAGAAUUGGUCUCAAAGGCUAGAUGACUCGCUUUUGGCUUACCGGACAUUAUAUAAAACACCUUUGGGUAUGUCCCCAUAUCGAUUGGUGUAUGGGAAGGCUUGUCACUUGCCGGUAGAGUUGGAACACAAAGCCAUUUGGGCUAUAAAGAAGCUGAAUUUGGAUCUCCAAGCUGUUGGAGAGGCUCGAAUGUUGCAAUUAAAUGAGCUUGAAGAGAUGAGGUUUUUCUCCUAUGAAAAUGCUAAGUUGUACAAGGAGAAAACUAAGUGA